CAUGAUAACGAAUACUAAAAAUGUGUGAGUGUGCCGAUAGUGUUUCUUCGUAGUUACAUUACUGAAAAAACGUCAGUCGCAAAGAUAGUGGCGUACAUUUUCAUCAGUACUGUUGGAAAUAGUUGAACAAUAUUUUCUUCUCAGUAAAAUGCCUGUAAAAUGCCUCAGUAAAAUAUCUUGGCCAGUUGUUGGAGCUGUUAUUCACCCUAAUAUAGGAGGAUGGGCCGGAAGUUACUUCACUAGAAAAAAUAUUAAACCCUGGUAUGAGUCUUUGAAUAGACCAUCUUGGACUCCACCAAACUGGGCAUUUGCUCCAGUAUGGACAACUCUCUAUUGCACAAUAGGAUAUUCUUCAUAUUUAGUGUGGAAAGAUGGUGGUGGUUUCAGAGAAGCAAUAGUACCUCUUUCUAUUUAUGGAACUAAUUUAAUAUUAAAUUGGUCUUGGACACCAUUAUUCUUUGGAUUACACGAGAUAAAAUGGGCUUUAUAUGAAAUUGUUUUAUUGUGGGGAAGCACUGUAGCAAUGGGUGUGUCUUUCUAUCAUGUGAAUCCACUUGCUGGUUAUUUGAUUAUUCCAUAUUUAGCAUGGACUACUCUUGCUACAGCAUUGAACUAUACAAUUUAUAAGAAUAACAAACCAAGCAUCGAACCAGCUGCAGAUGAAAAGAAAAAAUAAUGUACUUGAUGAUUCUUUUGUAGCAAACAACAUUAAUGUAAAUCACCUAAUGAAAACAAUGUUUUACUCUA